AUUGACAUGUUCCAGAAAAUUUCUCAUUGUUUUUUUCAUGGGUCUGUAUUGUUUGUAGAAUUUCAGAAUGAAGAAUAUGUUGUAGAGAAAAUUCUUGACAGACGUGUUCGAAAUGGUAUUACUGAGUAUUUCUUAAGUUGGAAAGGUUUCCCCUCUUCAGACAAUACGUGGGAACCCGAGCAAAAUCUUGAUUGCCCAGAUUUAAUUCAGGCAUUCGAAAACAAGCAGAGAUUAGCAAGAGAACAAAAGAAGGCCAAGGUCAUCGAGAAACCUGCUCGAGGUUUUGAACGAGGCCUAGAAGCUGAAAGAAUAAUUGGUGCCACGAACUACAAUGGUGAGUUAGAACUUUUAAUUAAAUGGAAAGGAAGUGAUAAAGCUGAUUUAGUUCCUGCAAAAAUUGUAAACGAAAGAUGCCCACAAAUUGUCAUAAAAUUCUAUGAAGAACAUAUCCGAUGGAAUUGA